ACAUCACAUGGAGAAGGCGCAAGCAAUCGACGAUUCUUUGGAGAAUCAGAUCGAAUACAAAGGCCAUAGCAGAAUGAAGAACUACUCCAACUAUAGAUCCGAGGUGUACGAAUUCACGGGCGACGUACGCCUGCAGGGAAGCCCGGCCACCAUUUUCAUAGGAUCACCGAUCGACUACAACAUUCCCCGCGAAAUAAAACCAUACGCGAGGAAAUACGAUCCCCCGGGCAUGGUAGCCAUCUCUUCUGUCCAAAUAAAGGCAGCACCCCCCGAAAAACUCCCGGUUUGUACGAAAACCCUGGACGUCCCGGGCAUCCUCUUCUCCACCGGUGGACACACGCAUAACUACUUCCACAGCAUCACCGACGUGAUGGUCCCGCUCUUCGCCACCUCCCAACGCUUCAACCGCGACGUCAUCUUCCUCGUCAUCAACCACAACUCUUCUCACUUCACCACCGAGCACAGAAAAACCCUAGAAAGUCUCUCCAGACACGAAGUGGUCGAUAUCGAUAUAGAGAAUCGAACUCUUUGCUUCACAAAUAUGAUUGUGGGACUCAAAGCUCACCCAUCCGAUCUAUCCAUCGAUCCAUCCCCAUUUGCGAGGCUCUCCGCUCGAAACCUCACAAGGCUUCUACGCAGCACCUACUCCUUGAAGAGAGACUCAGUGGGCGAUCAUAGUCGGCCUCGGUUGCUCGUCGUUUCAAGAAAAAAAAUAUCGUAGGCUGGCCAAUGAGUUCCAGGUGGUUGAACUUGCACGGGAGCUGGGAUUCGACUCUGUCUUACAGGAUUUGGGAGACUAUACGAGACAAUUUCCCCAUAUCUUAUUGUUAAGUUAGUAUUGAUUUACCAUAUUUGUUGCGUAUGAUAUUAUUAGAUUUGAUACACUUUAUUGUUGAGAUAUUAUCGUAUCCCACAUAUUAUAAAUAUGUGUGGAACCUAUCAUAUUAUUCAAUCAAUGAAAUAAGAGAAUUCACAUUAU